CAUGUAAUCGCGGACUUAUUUAGAUUCAGGGCAAAGCAAAUAAAUCUCCCAAAUUGUUGUAAAAAUAUUUGUUUGAUAUCAAUCCAUAAUUUAGGGCAUUUAUACAUGUAAGACGUUUUACAAAGAACAUUCACCUUUUAAAGAGAGGUUUCGUAGAUUAAAUUUUUACUCAAUCACGUUGCCUAGAAAAUAUAUUUAAUGGCUACACUGCUGCAAGCAGCUGAUUCGUUGUCAAAAUAUUCGUAUAUUCGAUUACAUUAAUCGCUCGUGUUUUCGUAACAUUCAACUUAAGCAAGUUCCAAUAUAACUUUAUUGUACAUUAAUUAUAAGAACUAAAACUAAAAAAGAUGUCAUUAUCUCCAUCAAGCGGCAUAGGGCGCUACUAUAAACAUUCUGCUAAAAUUAUCCGCUUUGUCCGAUUGGGUUGCACAAAUCGUCCUUUCUACCAUGUUGUUGUUAUGGAGAGGCGAAAAAAUCAACACCAGCCAGUAAUAGAACAAGUUGGUACUUAUGAUCCAAUGCCAAAUCAGAAGGAUGAACGUUUGGUUUCGUUUAAUUUUGAACGUAUCCGCUAUUGGUUGGGUCGAGGGGCUCACCUGUCCACACCAACAGCAGAACUAUUGGGUAUUGCAGGUUUUUUGCCCAUUCAUCCACGCACUUAUAUGACCGCCUGGCGAAACAGGCAAAAAGUUGCCGAAGAUGGAACAAUUGAAGGAAAGGAUCCAGUUGAAGCGUAGAAAUUAUUAUUUAUUCGUCAAAUCUAGUGAAAUAAAUGCUAAAAUGUAUAAAAAAA